AUCAGGACGGCGACUAGUACAUGUUAAGAUUCAGUAAUUAUUCGAUAGCGAAAUCUGUUUACAAGAAAUAACCCGAAAGACGAACUAUGUCAGUGACAUCGCUCGACCAUUUGAAAUGCCACAUGUGUUCGGAUGGUUACGUGUGCGAACCGAUUUACCCCUGCAAGAGGGGCCACCUAAUAUGUUCAGAAUGUUCAGAUCGCCAACAUUGCCCAAUAUGUUGGAAACGUUUCCAGAAGACCAGGUCUUACGGUCUGGAGAAAAUGGCAUAUGCACUGCUGAUGUCUUGUCAAAACCGUGAGCGUGGCUGCAAAAAGAUGAUGCCACCAGACAGAAUCGACGUCCAUCAAAAGCACUGCGACUUCAGUCAGCGCGUGUGCUUGUCCCUUGUCGGUGUUGAUGGUUGUUCUAGGUCCGGUACCCGCAGGGAACUGACCAAGCACAUCUUAAACGAACACUUCGCUAUCAUUUCGGACAGUUUCAAGCACAACUUCGUGAUUCAAAACUACAGUCUGAUUGAAGAGUUUAGCUGCACUGUACUUCUGACCCAUUUCUCUCACUUAUUUGUGGCUAAACUCAUGUACAGUGAUUCAGAAAGGGCCUUUUACGGGGGAGUACAGUUUGUGAGCGGAGAACCACAAUUUGCAUCAGAAUUUAGGUAUGAAUUUGAGAUAGGGAAGGAGACAACAGACAAAGAAGCUCACUACAAAUUGAUGUACAGCAGACAGGCUCACACGAUUUCAGAAGAUUACAAUGAUCGCAUUAUUUCUGAUAAUUGUAAUCAGUUCUGGUUAAAGAAAGACGUAGGACAUUUCUUUAAAGACGUUAACGAUACUUUAACAGUGACGGUGAUAUUGAAGAGCGUGCAGUCACUGGCAAUGAAAAACGUUGAAGCAUUGACAACAUACGCGUUUGGUCCAUCCCAGUACUGCCAACGCUGUGUUAGCUCGUUUAACCCUUCGGCACUGCGUUAAUAAAAUCAACGUCACUUUCGCUUAUCGUGAUAAUCAUAGUCAGUUCAAACGAAAGAUUAAUAUUAAGACUCUGUAAUCUACGCACACACACGCUUCGUGCAUUCUUCAGGUGAAAAGUGUCUCUUAAUAAGUGUUUCCAGCAUUGAGGGGCCUUAGACGUAAAAUGUGGUUAGAUGCAAAGAGUUUAUAUUGAAAACUGUUUAAUUAAUGCCAUUGGCGUGAAUUAAUGGAGUUUAUCAGAAGUUAUGCACACUCUGACGGAAAAGCCUCUCUGUUGCAAGUUUGAAUCGUCACCGUUCAUUUUCUUAUCAAUUACCAGCUUGUCUUCUGGUCAAAGUGUUCAGAAAAGUCUUUAAUUAAGAAUUAAGUCAAUUUUGGGUUUUAGUCGGAUCAUCAACAUAAAAUCUUACAUCUGUUACUGAUUUCUAGGAUAUAUAUUAUUGCCUGCUAUAGUUAUAUAGUAUUAGUAGUAGUGUAUUAGAAUAUAAAAAUAAGCAAACAAACAAACUGUUAACAUUAUAAAUUACACUAGUGCCAAACG